CUAAACCCCCCAUUGUUGCGCCUUUGUUGCGUCCGCCUCGCGAUACCGCCGCACUCCGCGGCUGCCAUAUAUAUCUGGGAGUGCACAUUUUUCACUUGUUUAGACAGUGUGAGUAGCUUGGAACAGCUAACAGUGGAAAAUGUCUCAGUACUCAGGAAAGAUUGUGUUCUAUGAGGGGAAAUGUUUCACUGGGAGGAAACUGGAGAUCUGCGGCGACUGCGACAACUUCCAGGACCGAGGCUUCAUGAACAGGGUCAACUCUAUCCGUGUGGAGAGUGGGGCCUUCAUCUGCUUUGACCACCCGGACUUCAAGGGUCAACAGUACGUUCUGGAGCACGGAGAGUACCCUGAAUUCCAGCGCUGGAAUGCCCAUAAUGAUCACAUGGGCUCCUGCAGGCCAAUCAGGAUGCACGGAGAGCACUACAGGAUGGAGCUGUUCGAGGGAGACAACUUCAGCGGCCAGUGUGUGGAGCUGUGCGAUGACUGUCCGUUUCUGCAAGCACGAGGCCUGACCGGCAACUGUGUCAACUCCAUCAGGGUUUUCGGAGACGGAGCCUGGGUGAUGUACGAGGAGCCUAAUUACCGCGGCCGCAUGUACAUCGUGGAGAGAAAGAACUACUGCAACUACAUGCAGUGGCAGGCGGAGAACCCCAACAUCCAGUCUGUCCGCAGGGUGUCCAACUACUUUUAAAAAAGAAACGGCGACGUGACUGCAAGGGGAAAGAAAAAAAAAACCUCAGCCACGCUCUCACUCUGUGGGAGUGUGCAGCAAUAAAAGAUGAAGAAAAUGUGUGACACUGCUUGUUUUUUUUUUUUGUUUUUAUUUUUAAUUUUUGUACUGAAUAAUUCAAAGGCUUAAAUAAAGUGGUGAUCCUACAAUA